UGUAAGUGAAGUGUCUCCUCUAUAAAAUGUCUCUGUGCCCACGUGCCCCCAGACACACCUGGCAGAGAUUUGCACCCUACUCAGUGCUCUUAUUGAAUCACAAAUACCUUGUUUUAUCUCCUGACCUGUGGUCUUUGUUAAUCUAGAUUGUAUUAGUUUAGUAAGUGGUAGAUGACAAAAUACAUAUUUUUAAUCACACAGAAGAGAAAGGCAGGAAACGUGGGGAUGAAAGAGGGGGAAUAGCAUCUAAAAAUCAAACCACGUGUCGUGCUGUUACACGAUACUCCUCAUAAAAUGGUCAGGUGGUGACAGCACAUCUGUGAUCUGGUUGAUUGCUAUCUGUAGAUAAUAAGUACUCGCAUCACUUGUGAUGACCUGAUUUUGGUGUCUCUCUUGUCUACAGACAGCCAAGGCAGGACUGCUAGCAGUGAAAAGCAGACUACUGACCAGGACCCCAAGAUCCUAUGGGUCCUCUCAUAGUGUCGAGUGCUUUCUGACUGAUCCAGAAGUUCAGUUUAGACCUGCUUCUCCACAGUGAACACUACAGAGACAUUACCAGCACUAAACUACAAACGUUUAACCACAAGAGGAAAACACACUACUCCAACUGAGAAAACCUGAAGACAAAAGGUUCAGAACAGAAAAGAAAGAAAAACAAAGCCAGAAUAAGUAAAACCAGGUCACCUUAAAAUGUCUGAACAGAGACUGAUAUCUGAUUCAAGAAACAUGGAUAAAGAAGCAGAGGACAUGGACAAAAUCUCCAGCUCUCCUGCGUUCUCCAGAAACUCAGAGACCGCUGAGAAUACCAACAUCCCUGUAUCAGGAACCAGUGAUCAGACCGCUGAGGAUCUUGAUGAUCUGAUGCACUGUGAUGAAAUUCUAGAUGACAAAGAGAUCACUUGCCCAAGCAUCGAUCCCAUCAUGAGCCAGGAGAGCAUAUUAACGUGUUCCUCUUCUUGGUCUUCCAUGAGCAUUGACAACAUCUCAACAGGUUCUGCCUCCUGUGUCUCUUCUUCCUCCACCAUCACCAUCAGUGCCAUCACAGAGGCAGGCAAAAUGCUCGUCUCCUACGUGAUUGACGAGGCUGUCAAGGCACUGCAGUCCACCGAUGCUGCAAAGACACUGCAGUCCACUGAGGCUGUCAAAACACCGCAGUCCACUGAGGCUGUCAAAACACCGCAGUCCACUGAGGCUGUGAAGACACCACAGUCCACUGAGGCUGUGAAGACACCCCAGUCCACUGAGGCUGUGAAGACACCCCAGUCCACUGAGGCUUUAAUGAUGUCGCAGUCCACUGAAGCUCUCUUGACACAGCAAUCCACUGAGGUAGUGAAUACGCUGCAGUCCACUGAGGCUGUUAAGACACCACAGUGCAGUGAGGCUUUAAAGACACUGCAGUCCAGUGAGGCUGUAAAGACAUUGCAGUCCACUGAGAAGAAGAAGUGGAAGAGGUGUUUCAGUGGAUGGCAGAGAAAAAGUAAUAAGGUAGCUCCACAUGAAGAUUUGGAUCAGGAAGAUGUAAGCGAUUCUUUAACUCUUCGGGCCAUCAACUCUGGUGACCAGGACGACGAAACCUUCAGCCAGACGUCUGUGGACUCCUCUCGGCCUGUUGCAGAGACCAAGGCAAAAAAGAGCAACUGCUUCUUACGCUUCUUCCACAAUAUCUUCUCAAAGAAUGAGAAGAAGAUGAAGAAGGAGGAGGAGAAAAAGACGAAGCAACCUCCUUUUUGGAAAUGGCAGUUGUGCAGAAGUUGUCUUGACAUGUAAAGAUAAUAACGUCACACCAUUUGUCUUUCUCUUAAACCCCCACUCCAUCCCUGCCCCCUAUUCCCUACUCCCCCCCCAAAACCUUCUUGCCCCCUCAAUGCCCCUCAUUUUCUUAUCCCCCAACCCUGCCUCCUCCAUGCUUCUCCACAACCCC